CGGUCGCAAAUCUUCAACCGCCAAAUCAAAUAAAUUAAAUGCCGCAACCGGCGCUGCUACCGCCACAGCAGCCGCUUCAUCGCCCCGUCAAGCCACAGCGACUGUGACCGCAGCCAAUUCGGCUUUAAGUCCAUCAGCGCAAUCGGCCGCCACUGUUGUGCCGCAUCAAUCGCCCAAUACGAAUACCACCCAGAAUAAUACACUUCUAGGUGCUAAUCAGCAGCAGCAACAACAACAAUUGAAUACGCUGCAGCAACAUCAAUCGCAGCAGCAUUUGCAACUUCAGCAACAUAAUCAACAACACGUGCAGCAGGUGCAGUCCGGCCAACAAUUACAACAGCAACAUCAGCAGCAGCAGCAGCAGCAGCAGCAACAACAACAACAUCAUCAACAACAGCUGACGCAGCAACAGCAACAACAGCACCAACAUCAGCAACAGCAGCAGCAGCAGCAACAUCAACUGCAACAACAUCAAAUCACCGCACAAAUACAAACCAUGAAAGAUCAACCGCAACAACCAAUGGCACCAAUGGCCUUCUACCCCACAUGGCAGGCUGACCCCUCGCAGGGUUGGCAGAAUCAGUUUAUCCAGCAAAUCCCCCAGAACACGCCACCCAUUACGUCGCUUAACUCGCUGGAUUUCCAAACGCAAUCAUAUGCUUACCCAUCAAAUGGAUAUGUGCAGACCGGCCUCGGAUUCGAUCCGAAUUAUGGACGUUCUCCAUAUGGUGCUCCGGUACAACGUUACGACUUCCAGAGUCAGCAAUUGUCGACUGCGCCCAUCAAUCAAGUGGGUCUUCAGGGUGUUGGUUUCAGUCCGGCCGCCGUUACAUAUGCUGGUCAAGUAUCGACAGCUCCAGCUCCGCCUGCAGUGGGAUUGCAACAGCAACAACACUUGGGCGUGUCUGGUGAUUUGAAUAAAACGAUGUCGGGAAACGACACGCCUGGAUAUCCGCGAGUGAGCAGCGUGCCGCCGCGCUCACUCAAUUGUAACGGGUAUUCAGGCGACUACAGCGGCUCAAGUCAGCAGCAAGCGACUGCAUCAAACAGCAGUUCAACUACGGUAGCAGGUUCUACUCUUGCCGGCAGCAACUCGAACACCACACCACUCAAUGGUGGUCAAACUACAGCAGCUCCGUCAUCAGCUCCAACCGAUGCAUCACCGAUGCAACCGCCUAGCGUUCCAAAUGUACCACAAUCACCCACUCGUAGUCUGAUGCAGCAACAACAACAGCAGCAACAACAGCAACAACAACCCCGCCAUGUAUCCCAAUCACCAAACCAUAUUCCUCAAUCACCCAACGGCAAUAUGCCAUCGACUCAACAAACCUAUGGCACCAACAUUCCACCCUCGCCACAUCACAAUUCCAUGCACCAGCAACAACAUCAGUCGCAGAAUCACAUUGCAUCGCCACCGCAAUCGCAGCAGCAACAACAGAUGCAACAGGACUGGAGUUGGAGCAGCCAGCCACAGCAGACAUCUGCUGUCAGUGCGGCAAACGAUCCUUACCAGCAGGGUGAACGCGUGAAUCUCAAUACGCGAAUUAAAUCAAUGAUACUUCGAAAGAAUGAUCCCAAAGAUCCACUCGCGAAUGCGCCCAGCGAUCUACAUAUGUCAAGCAAUCCAGGUGCUCUUGGCUCCAGCCCUAAUGCGCUGGGGGCAUCGCAACAACCACAGACCGGUCAUUUUUUAUCGUUUAGCCACCAUCUCCGCGGCGAUUCAGUAAUGAACGCCAAUGGUACGACUGGUUCUAACGUGUCCGCUACCCAAUCUUCACAACAGCAACAACAGCAAAUGCAGGGCAUUCAAACGUCCAAUAGUGGGGGUCUGACGUCCGGACAUAGUACAUUAGCACCGGAACCAAUAGGAGGUGGUGGCGAUCAAAUAUGGAAGCCACACCAUACAAACUCGUUCAAGAAACCAGUGGCAAGUAGUUUCCCAAUACCCGAACACCACCAUCAACAACAGCAUACUACAAUUAGUCACGGUGGGCACACCACCAUUGCACACACUGAAGCCCAACCGAAAAAAUCUAGCCGUAAAAGUAAAAGUCGAGCAGCAGCAGCGGAAGCAGCUGAGCUUGAUAAGAAUAGCAAUGAUCCUGGUGGUGGAUUGCAUGGUCCUCUACAUGGUUCACAUAGUAUAAAAUCAUUGGAUAAGACUGGCUAUCCUUCCUCACAUGGCUAUCCACCGCCGCAGCAUCCCGAUUACCAUACCCCCUACAUCAAAACUGAGCCCGGUCUCUUGCCUGCCCAACACACCAAAAUGGAAGGAUAUGAACGCAACUAUCAGAAUUUUAUACAAUAUGCGGAUUUUUGUCAAAAUGAGGUACAAGGCAUGCCAUCACAACAGCAACACCAUCAAAAUCAGCAAGAUUAUGCGAGUUAUCACAACUCUCCUUACUACGGCAGCUCCAGCUCAUUCCAGCAGAGUUACCAACAAAACUUCGUACCAGGCUAUCAGCAUUCAUCUGCAGGCAUGGGCUAUGGCAGUACGCACGGCAUGCAUCCGCAUCAUUCAAGUUCAUUAAGUCAUUCUAGCCACCUGAAAGCGUCUAAUGGCCCUUUAAUGAAAUCCAGUAAUAGUGCCGGGUUGCAUCAUCACAACAAUCAUUUGAUGGAUAUUGACCGAAAACCAGAUACCAAUAGCAUUAUACCAUUACCCACUAACUACGAGAAAGACAUCCCAGCACAUGCCUAUCCAAUACCACCUCAUCGGUAUCCUCUAGGGCCAGGCCCGUCACAUUUGGGACACAACAUGAUUGAGCCUAAAAUUGAAGAUAUGAGUGCACUAUCUCAUAACUCCGGGUAUCCAUUUUUAGGCGAGGGUGGUCCAGCGACCAUUAAAAAUAGCAGUGGCUUUUCUUGUUGUCGUCAAGGCAGCACCCGUACGCCCACCGCCGAGCACCUCAAGGAAGGUACUUGCAUAGGCAUACAGACCAAAGAUGAAAUUAUGGAGGAGGCAAUAGAGGAGCCAGAAAUAAACAACGUUGUGAAACCUAAAAAGAAAGGGGCGACAAAGCAAGAAGAAAAUGAAAUUGUAGUUAAACACGAAAAAAUCAAUCCUUUGUUUGAUACCUCCGACAGGCUAGAAAAAGGCAAUAAGACGGAGAUACCAGAGUGUGAAUGUUUUCAUUCCGACAAAAAUCCGCCCGAACCUGGAACAUACUAUACCCAUCUCGGUACUGCUUCAACUUUGGCCGACUUGCGUAGAGAAUUCGAAGAACGUUGUCAAAUAUCUGGUCGGCAGCUCCGUAUAGAAAAAAUCAUUUACACGGGCAAAGAAGGUAAAACCACACAAGGUUGCCCGCUUGCUAAAUGGGUUAUCAGACGUGCCGAUCCAGAAGAAAAAAUUUUGGUUGUUGUAAAAAAGCGGCCUGGGCACAGGUGCGUCGCAGCUUUCAUAAUAGUUUGUAUGGUGGCUUGGGAUGGUAUGCCGCGCCUUGAGGCAGAUAAUGCAUAUAAAAAUUUAAUACCAAAGCUCAAUAAAUUCGGACUUCCAACAACUCGCCGUUGUGCCACAAAUGAAAGCCGCACUUGCGCGUGUCAAGGCCUUGAUCCUGAAACUUCCGCUGCCUCCUAUAGUUUUGGCUGUUCUUGGUCCAUGUAUUAUAAUGGAUGUAAGUAUGCGCGCUCAAAGACAGUGCGUAAGUUCAGGCUCUCCGUUAAAAGUGAGGAAUCCGCCAUCGAGGACCAUAUGAACCUAUUAGCCACAGUUCUGGCGCCCCUCUUCAAGCAAGUAUGCCCUCGAUCGUAUGACAAUCAAACCAAGUAUGAGAAGGAAGCAACAGACUGCCGUCUCGGACUAGAAACUGGAAGACCUUUCUCAGGUGUUACCGCUUGCCUCGACUUUUGUGCCCAUGCUCAUAGAGAUUUGCAUAACAUGCAAGACGGCUGUACGGUACAGGUAGCUCUACUGAAGCCAUCGAACCGUGACGGCCGACCGCCUGACGAUGAGCAACUGCAUGUCCUACCCCUCUAUACCAUGGACACAACGGACGAGUUUGAAAGCAUGGAAGGCCAACGUGAGAAACAUCGCACCGGUGCGGUACAAGUAUUGGACAAAUUCCCCUGCGAAGUACGUGUUCGAUCUACACCGCUCAUACCUUGCCGGCGUCAUGGAAAGAAGCGCAAAGAAGACGAAAAUGUCGCACCAGAAGCAGAGGCCACCGCUUCUACUACCGCCACUACGCCCACGACACCAACGCCUGCUGCUACAACGCAAUCACCAAUCAACUCCGCUAAUGCCAGCAAUGCCAAUAGUCAAGCCAACAACGCCGGUAACAACAACCCUACGGUUUCAAUCAAUGGCAAGAAAGAAAAUGGAAGCAACAGUAAGUCUAAGUCCAAAUCGAAAUCGGCCGCAGCCGGUAAUACCGCCGCCACGACGCCAUUGUCAGCACCUCCAUCGACCCCUUCACCAAGGUGUCAAACUCCAGUGACCAACAAUCCCAGUCCUGCUGGAAGCGCUUUCACUACGCCGCCAGUGAAUAACGCCAACAAUCCUCAUAUUAACACCGCUGUAAACAAUCCGGCCGGAGGUAACCCACCCAAUCAACUUAUGUCGUCCAAUUCUAGUCUAAUGAAUAUGGCGACUAUGAUUGAUACCUUCACAGAUGCCCAAUUGCAAUCCAAUCAGAUCUCAAGUACAGUGCUCGAUUCGCCCUACUCAUACGACUACCAGACUGGUUCCUAUAUAGAUUCACGAAACUACUACGGAAACUGGCCACCACCGCAUGCAACGCACACUACACAUGCCGUUAGUAUGGGCUCGGCACCAGGUGCUACGGCCGCACCAAUGGCACCUCCGCAAGGCAACGUUCACCAUACCACUACCGCACCACAAACACCUCACCAUGACACGAACACCACUUAUGGAAACAGCUACAAUAACUUACCGACAGCUGGCAGUCAACAAUUAACGCAAGUGCAUGAUGUACGUGGGGAGGUAAAGAGCCGCGGCAGUGAAGAAAACCCUGACUCCACCACUAUAGUUAAUAAUACUUUAAUUGAAAGUAAGUUAACCACACUCACUCCAUUGACACCAAUGACUAAUCUAACUCAACAACACCAUCAUCCUCACCAUCACGCUGCGCCCAUUGAAGAAGGUUUUGUCAAACCAAAACCACCGGCAGACUAUCAGUACACUCAGUACCCGAGUAACUAUCAAAUGUAUCCGCCACCACAUUCGGCCUAUUCGGCGUACGACGCGUACCAGAAUAUGAACUACAACUAUGGCUAUCAUCAAGCAUACUCACCUUAUAGCAUGUAUCCACAGCAGACGCCGCCGCCCACACCACCGCCGCCAUCGCCAAACUGGAACAUGUACGGCCAUCAUCAAAGUACCGCUUCCCCGACUGCAUACGCUACAACAGUACUGCCUCCAAAUGGUGGAUCCCAUCAACACUCGUCGUUAGCGACCGCUACACAACAGGCGCAAACGCAAAUGCCCCCGUCUAACGGCAAUCUGAAGCCCACACUUCCGACACCAGUAGCGCAACCCACCCCAGUAGCAGACCCCCAACAAAUGCAAGUGCAAGCACAAACGCUUCUACAAGCACAAACUCAUAUACCAGUGGUGCCACCACAAACUUUGCUCCCUGAUCUCAAUAAUACCAACGCUCAGUCUACGCCAAUAAGCACAGACCUUACAAACUCAGCCCCUACGACUGCUAUCAACGUAACUUCGCCAAAUGCAGCAAACCCAACAGUUGCAACGCCAAUAUCAGCCAUUAACAAUGAUAGCAGCAACAACAGUACUAGUAACAGUAAUGAUAAUAGCAAUCCAGCAACAGCGACUGCAUCCACGACUGAAAACGGUGCAAGUACGGGAACCAGCACCAACACAACGACAACAAGUACUACAACUACUUCCACGGCUGUAGCGACCACUUCUAACCCGAACAAAUUGGAACCAAUUGGGGAAGUGACUGAAAUUAAUGACAAUUACGAAGCAUUCGCUGAUCCGCAAAUGGGUGGUGUGGCCAUAGCACUCAAUCAUGGUAGCGUAUUAAUCGAGUGCGCCAAGCAUGAACUACAUGCAACAACUGCACUACGCAAUCCCAAUCGGCAUGAACCGACGCGCAUGACUCUUAUAUUUUACCAGCAUCGUAAUCUUAAUCGAGCGCGGCAUGGUAUCGAUGAGUGGGAAGAAAAGAUGCGUGUGAAAAAGAUCAAUACGGACCUCGAUAACAAAGCCAAAGAAGAACGCGAAAAGUUGAAGAAGGAACGGGAAGGAGGUGGCGAAGAAGAUGACGACGGCGGCGAAGGAGCGCUUCCCAAUGGCACAGCGCAAAGUACCGGCAACAGCGGCAAGAAGGAUGGUACCAAUACAAACAAUGGCAAUGGUAAUAGCAAUGGUUCUGCAGCAUCCUCGGAGACAACUACGACGACGGCAAUAUCGGUGACAACAGCAACUACGAAGAACGGCGGAAGUGGCGGCUCUGCUGGCAAAAAGAAAAAGGAUUCGGGUAAGAAGAAUGCAAACUCAAAUGCAAAUGUGAACGAAAUUGCUAAUGAGAAUUCUGCUUCUUCCGUUGAGCAGGCAAAAAACGAGAAAGUUGCACUCCACGCGCCAACACUAACAACAACCUCUUGGACGACCCAAUUCCCUAUGCAUCCGUGUGUGGUUACGGGACCUUACCAGGAGGGCAACACUAGUCCGACAUCAGCAGCAGCACAGCAGCAGGAAUCGCAGCCCCACCAACAACAACAACAACAUCAUCAGCAGCAGCAAAUGCAUAUGCAACAACAACAGGAAAUGCCAGCUUAAGUUCAUAGCUUGCUUGCGAGAGUCCGCCAAGUGGAGAGUGCAAUGGGCAAAGAUGCUGCUCAAAAUAUGUGUUUCGAGCAUUUCUGAGCUAUUUUCGAUUUUUUAGGCUUGAGGGAUGCACAGCUCUGCCGAAUAUUGGCGUAGUAAAUAUUUAACACGUUGAGUGCCAUAUUUUUUUUUUUUUUUGGAGGGUUUGAAAGUUACUAGGAAAACAGAUGUAAUGAAACCAAAAGAACCAUUUUUUAACGGAGGUAAUUUUAAUAAAGCCAAGAUCACAACACUAAA